CUCUUCUCCCCUUGUCUUCUCCCAGGGGCACCACCACCCGUCGCUUCGUGGGUCACACCAAGGACGUCCUGAGCGUGGCUUUUUCCUCCGACAACCGACAAAUCGUUUCGGGUUCCAGGGAUAAAACCAUCAAACUCUGGAACACUUUGGGGGUCUGCAAGUACACGGUCCAGGACGAGAGUCACUCGGAGUGGGUGUCCUGUGUGAGGUUCUCCCCCAACAGCAGCAACCCCAUCAUCGUCUCCUGCGGCUGGGACAAACUGGUCAAGGUUUGGAAUUUGGCCAACUGCAAGUUGAAGACCAACCACAUCGGGCACACGGGCUACCUCAACACGGUGACCGUCUCCCCCGAUGGCUCCCUCUGUGCCUCUGGUGGCAAGGAUGGCCAAGCCAUGCUGUGGGACCUGAACGAAGGCAAACACCUCUACACCUUGGAUGGAGGAGACAUCAUCAACGCCUUGUGCUUCAGCCCCAACCGCUACUGGCUCUGCGCUGCCACCGGCCCCAGCAUCAAGAUCUGGGACCUGGAAGGGAAGAUCAUCGUGGACGAGCUGAAGCAGGAGGUGAUCAGCACCAGCAGCAAAGCAGAACCUCCCCAGUGCACCUCCUUGGCCUGGUCUGCAGAUGGACAGGUAAGAAAAAAACCCCCAAAAACCAACUCCUUCUCCCUCUUCCGCCGUCCCAGCCCUUGGGGGGAGGAAGAGGAGGAGGAAGAGGAGGA